AAAAUUCCAUUCCCCCCCAAAAAAACCCUAUAUAAAACCCCCCAUCCUCCGCCUCCCCCAACUCCGAUUCGAAAUACUCCUCCUCCACCUAGGGUUUUGCUGCCUCCCUCCCCCACCGCCGCCGUCGCCGCCCGCGUCCACCAUGGCGCUGCCGAACCAGAACACCGUCGAUUACCCCAGCUUCAAGCUCGUCAUCGUCGGCGAUGGCGGGACUGGCAAAACCACAUUUGUGAAGAGGCAUCUCACUGGAGAGUUUGAGAAGAAAUACGAACCCACCAUUGGUGUUGAAGUUCACCCGUUGGAUUUCACCACUAACUGUGGAAAGAUCCGUUUCUACUGCUGGGACACUGCUGGGCAAGAGAAGUUUGGUGGCCUUAGGGAUGGAUACUAUAUCCAUGGUCAGUGUGCGAUUAUCAUGUUUGAUGUCACUUCAAGGCUGACCUACAAGAAUGUUCCUACGUGGCACAGGGACUUGUGCAGGGUUUGUGAGAACAUCCCCAUUGUGCUGUGUGGCAACAAGGUUGAUGUGAAGAACAGGCAGGUUAAGGCCAAGCAGGUGACAUUCCACAGGAAGAAGAACCUCCAGUACUAUGAAAUCUCUGCCAAGAGCAACUACAACUUUGAGAAGCCCUUCCUUUACCUUGCUAGGAAGCUGGCUGGUGAUCCCAACAUCCACUUCGUCGAAGCAGUGGCCCUUAAGCCUCCAGAAGUGACCUUCGACUUGGCCAUGCAGCAACAGCACGAGGCUGAGCUUGCGGCUGCAGCGGCACAGCCACUGCCUGAUGACGAUGACGAUCUGAUCGAGUAGAGAGAGGAUCAUGAGUCUGUCUUAUCAAUCAAUACUUUGAGAGCCAGAGACUAUGCGAGUCGGUUUUAGGUUGAAGGCUUGAUUUGGAGUAGUCAAGCCGGAUGUUUUUCCUGUCUGCCUUGCCUUGUCUGGUGGGCUGCAAACUGUUUGUGUGACAUUGAUCUACAUCAUGUUGCUUGCCAUGGAUUUGUUGUUGGCCACCUUGAUGGUUCAUCAGUAUUAUUAUGCCUGUUGGCUCAAUGUGUGGAUCAUAUAUUUAUCUUGA